GUUCGUUGUCCGCUAAUAGUUAUACCGAUCCGUAUCGCUUAACCGACGUCUUACCAACCCGACCAACCAAACCCAAACAAAACCCCUCCAUACAACGGAACUAGGGUUCUUCAUCUCUCCCCGUUUCCGCUCUGAGUUUCUCCAGUAAACUGAUUCCGAAACAAAGCCAUCAUGCCGCAAGGUGAUUACAUCGAGCUGCACAGGAAGAGGCAUGGCUACCGUCUCGACCAUUUCGAGCGGAAGCGCAAGAAGGAGGCUCGUGAGGUUCACAAGCACUCCGAACGGGCGCAGAAGUCGCUCGGUAUCAAGGGCAAGAUGAUUGCCAAGAAGAACUAUAAGGAGAAGGUUCAAAUGAAAAGAACAUUGAAAAUGCACGAGGAGUCAUCAUCUAGGCGUAAGGUUGAUGAUGAGGUUCAGGAAGGAGCUGUUCCUGCCUAUCUGCUGGAUCGUGAGAAUACAACUCGUGCAAAAAUUCUUAGCAAUACCAUCAAGCAGAAGAGGAAAGAGAAGGCAGGAAAGUGGGAAGUCCCUCUGCCAAAGGUGAGGCCUGUUGCAGAAGAUGAGAUGUUCAAAGUGCUUAGAUCAGGAAAAAGGAAGACCAAGCAAUGGAAAAGAAUGGUGACCAAGGCGACAUUCGUUGGACCGGGUUUCACAAGAAAGCCUCCAAAGUAUGAGCGUUUCAUCCGUCCAUCUGGAUUGCGUUUCACCAAGGCCCAUGUUACCCAUCCUGAGCUAAAAUGCACCUUCAAUCUCGAAAUCAUCGGGGUGAAGAAAAAUCCUAAUGGGCCCAUGUAUACAUCCCUUGGAGUCAUGACCAAGGGAACAAUCAUUGAGGUCAACGUGAGUGAAUUAGGUCUUGUUACACCAGGUGGCAAAGUUGUUUGGGGAAAAUAUGCCCAAGUGACUAAUAACCCUGAGAACGAUGGUUGUAUAAAUGCUGUUCUUCUAGUGUAAGAGAGGAUAUAAGAUACUAGCGAGUAGAUGAUGGUUGAUGCUGCACCAUUAAGGGAACUGUUGACGUUUUUCCUUUGCUGCGACUCUCGAGUGCGGAGUCCAUUUUGCCUAUGUCUAUGAAGUGCAGUUUUCCUAACGUGCAGUUGUAGGCGGAUUUUGUAUCGACAAUGCAGUAUGCAGUUUUGCGGCCUUUUCAUUCUGGUGAUUCUCGAGCUUCCUGAAUCCUGAGUACUUGUGUAGUUGUGUUUCUUAUUUAUGUAAUCGUCUCGACCCCGUUUUCUGAGCAACCUUGGGCAUGCAUGUUCAAAUAUGUACAGCAGUGGAAGGUGAAUCAAGAGGUCUCUUGUUGGGAUUAACGAAAGCAAAGCGGAGUAGUUUCGUCCCUGUAGCGAUGGAGAGCAUGGUUGCUGUGGUUGUGUGAUGCUAGGCAGCCUGGGCGAUUGAAUUUCGUGUAACGGUGUCGGUUAUGAAACGGCUAGUGCUACGGGAAUGAUGCGUAAUUAAUGUCGGUCAAAACCGAGAAUUCCGGGUGGUCCAACCGGAAUCCUAAAUCUAGAAAUUAAAAGAAGUGUCCUCGUUUUGUAUGACGUUUUGUUGGUUUGCAAAUUGCGAGUUGGACUGACUCUACAUUUCAUUUCGCAGUCGAUCGGUAACUCAGCUUUGUCUUUCUUCUUCCUCGUGAACCUUCAUUCUAGAGAGAUUGGAGGACAGGCGGGGCGACGCGGUUCGGUAGUCAGCAUGUGCGGCAAACUCUGCAAUC